UAGGGCGGGCCGCUCAUAACGCCGAGCCCGCAUUCAGCAACUUGUAUUUUACUAGCAAACAGCACUGUAGCCUACCUAGUCUACUCUAUACAUCUCUUAACGAAAUGGGCCACUAUUCUAAUAAUUGCUCUCAUGACUUGGAUACAUUUUGGAAUGAAUUCAUAAAUAAAUGUGUGCCAUGUCAUCAACAUCCAAAUCAUCCAAUUCUACCAGGGUACGAAUUUAGUCCAAACUGUGGCUUGCAUGAUGAUGGGGGAAGAUCGGAAUCACCGUAUCGACCAUGUGACGCACUGACCUUCAAUAACGGGAGCUUUGUGAAAUGCCAACCCUGUUCAAGCUGCCCUCCAAUCCAUCAAAAGCUGUCAGAAUGCAACCCAAAGACAGACACGCAAUGCUGCGGAGCAAGGGACCAGACAGGCUGUUGGAAAGGAGCCCUGAGUACCACGACUCAACCGGUCCAACGGUCAACAACGUUAAGGGUCCAAGUGUCAACAUCAAAUCCCACCACAGCCAAACACACUGAUGGUGAUUCACAUGUCAACCAUCAGACUGCAUGGAUAGUGCUUACUGUCAUCUUGGUUUUCUCUGUACUUGCAUUUCUCUUAUUCAUCUAUAUUAAGAAGAGAAGGAGCAGAUCAAGAGCCUUUUGCAUCAGAGAUAAGGAGAAUACGUUGUGCUUCAAGGUCAGCCUUAAAGACUGCCUCCCAUCAGACAAUAUCCUGUAUACCAACCAACAGUCACGGAGCAGUAAGAGAGCAGAGGUUGCUCUCCUACAGUCAGAGACCAGGAGCCUAGAGGACCUUUUGAGUCCUGACCUCCAGUCGGCGCCACUGCAGACGGUUCUGGACAACUUGGAUGUUCUAGAGGAGCUUGUGAUUCUGCUGGACCCGGUGAUCCCUGGGGUGAAGAACACCAGUCACCUAGCAUCUCGCUGCUCCUUCCCCGCCACCUGGAUCACCUACACCUACUCCCUGAGGGACAGCAAGAGCCCCCUGAGGGCCGUGCUGGAGGGGGUCACCACCAAGCACCCAGAGUGGACUGUAGGACACCUGGCCAGGCACCUGAGAGAGAUGGACCGGAACGAUGCAGUAGCAGUGCUCACCAAGCUCACAUUGCUUAAGGUUGUCUAGUCUGGGUGUGUUCUGUGUUGGGUCCGGAAAAGAUGGCUCCAUCCAGAUACAGCCGCGAGUCUCUACCCCUUGCCAAGGCACUGCGAUAUAACAGGAGGGCCAGUAGGAGGCAUGCUUUCCUGGGGGACCCCAACGUUCCAAGGCAGUGAUUGGGAUCACUGCUCCUUUGCAUUAGGGUUCAAAUAAGAUAUUUAACUGUGAUAACAUGGCACUUAAAGCUGGGAUGUUAACCCCAGUGUCCUGGCCAAGUUCCCAACCUGGCCCUCACACAAUCAUGGCCACCUAAUCAUUAUCAUCUCAUAUCAAAUGUAUUAUCACCAACUAAUGAUAUUGCUGUAUUUAUACAUACGCUUUUGCUGCUGGUGACUCUCAGAUCCACCUCUACGCAGACGACACCAUUUUGUAUACAUCUGGCCCUUCAUUG